AUGUCACAAGGACAAACAGAAGGCAUAAGGGUUAUACAGCCUCAAGAAGAUGUACGCCUACGCCAACCUAUUUCUGCUCAGGAAUUUAUGCGCGGAACCGACUUCGCGGCCGAUUUUUCCGCUAUAGACCCUCAGCUUCGAUUCAAAGAUAUCUCAGUCGAUAAUAUAACGGAGAUACAUGCAACCACGUACGCAGCUAAGGCCCUUAAAGCCUAUACUCUUGAGAAGAUGUGGGAUGAUGAAGUCUUCCAUGCUUUCCAACAAGACUUUGAAGGAUGGACGCUAGACAUGUUCCUUAUGGUUGAAAUUUCAUACCGGCGGGAGCUCCGCCGGGUUCUCCGCCGAAAGGGAGUAUAUACUGGGACGAACCACCAGCGAAUCGAACGAUCCUUGAUUAAGCUACUCGAAGCCGACAGUUUCCCUACUUGGGACCCUGAGGAAUUCACAAAACAGAUAUUUGACGUACGAUCAAAUGCUUCCUGGCAACAACAAGCCCUCGCAACGCCUUCUUCCCGAGAGAAUAUCCAAAAUCCGACCCAAGACCAGUCACCAAGGGACCAGCCUACAACCCAAGCCCAGGCUUUGCAACAGCAGCAACAGGUUGUUUCCCAAGGACCCCAGAGGCCUCCCGAGCAAGCCCAACAGAUGACCCCCCAAGGAACCUUAUUCCAAGCCCCAUUUUCCCAGGAAAGCUUUCCCCAAGACAUCCCCACUCAACAGACCCAGACGAAGUCUAUUCCCAAGCCCCUACUACAGUCAUUUCCUUCAAGGCAGACCCAGCCUGACGGGCAUCAGCCGUACAAGGCCCUGCCCCUCUACACAGGCGAGCCCUACGACCUCCUUGACGAUAAGAUGAAGAUCUUUUUCAACAUCUGCUUCCAUGCACAGAUCCGGGAGACCCAAUUCUAUGCGGUAUUUCCUAGGAUUCUUAACGGACGAGCAGAAACCUUCUACCUUCAUUACGUCGAUCAAGACGAUACAUUUGCAAUAGCGUAUCACAAGGUUAAGACGCAUUUCGACACCGAUGUUAACCAUCAUCACUAUUACACCGACUGGACAACUGCUACCUUCGAGUUAUUCGACCCGACCAAGCAUCGAGGAACACGGAUUUUCAAGUCACGAUUAGUCCGAGAAGUUAAAGGAAAGUAUAUAAAGCCGUACGAAAAGUCUCGCCUCGUAGUCCAAGGCUAUAACGACGACGAGAAGAACACUCUUUGA